AUGGAAGAGCGACGUCGAGAAUUAACAAAAAUGCGUGUUCGCAAACAUCGAAGAAUGAAAAAAGAUUUAAUUAAGUGGCAAUCUUUGGCACAUCAAGGAUCAAUUGAUUUUGUGACAGAACCUAACACCAUUUCUUCAGAGAACGAGGAAAUGUUUAUCAAUGAAAAUAAAGUUCUACAUCAUAAUGAACUUAUUAAUCAUGCAGAUUCUGACGAGAUAGAAAAUAAUGAAAUAGAAUCAGAAUGCGCUGAAGAUCGAAAUGAAAAUUUAAAAAUUGAAGACAAUAAUUCUAACUUUGAAAUGGAUAUAAACGAUGUAGCUGAAAAUGAAUAUCAAUCUAGCGAUUUAGAAGACUUGUUACAAAAUUCAGAAAAUGAUGAAGAAGAACAAUUGAGAGAAUGGGCAAUUAAAGGUAAUAUUUCUUGGGUUCUUAUAUCUCAAUUGCUUCUUAUUCUACGACGUCAAUUAAUGACACAACUUCCGAAGACAGCUUCAAUAUUUUUAAAUCUAAGAACAGAAUUUUAUAUUAAAUCUAUGACAACUUCCUUAUAUAAAAAUGCUGAGUUUGUGUAUUUUGGAAUUGCAAAAGGUCUUGCUUCGUGUUUUAAUCAUUCUCUGCAUCCAGAUGAAAUUAUCAAUUUAGAUAUUAAUAUCGAUGCAGCACCUCUUUGGAAAUCAACUUCAAAUGAAUUUUGGCCUACAUUGUGUAGAAUACAGAAGAUAGGAGAAGAUAUCGAAUAUAUAAAAGGGGAAGUAAAAGAAUUAAGAAAGAAGAACGUUCAAUAUGCUCUUUGCCAGGAAACCAUGUCGGAGAAUUUAGCUUCUAAAUUCGAAGUUAAGCUUCCACUGCAAACAAUGGAAGAAUUUGAAAAAUUAGAGGAACUUUUACCUACUAAUAAAGAACUGCAGCACUCUUUGAAAUCGGCCCUGUUAUACAACGUAGAUUUAAGAGCUGAUUUAAAAAAAAUUCUUCGCCAAAUUUUGUCUGCUUUAUUCAGCCGUGAGGUGGCAAUGAAAUUCACAGCAUCGAAACCAAUGCCGGAAAAGAAAAUAUUAAAUAGGACAAAUUGCUGCAAUCUUAUUGAGGGUCUAAUUCCAUUCAAAUCUAUGGCAAGUAAAGAAAAGUAUUCUAAACCAGAAAUAAUUGGUGCAAUGGGAUACGUUCUUACACGCUCUUACGAUUGGGGUAAUGGCAGGACUGAAAGAAGAAAUAAAAAAGACAAUAAUGUUAUUAAUGUUUAA